UCAUUAGAGCAAACAACAUAUGAUGUUUACAAAAGUAUCAGUCCUAACCUAUUUCAAAUACCGCAGAAAUGGCUGCGUUGUUCCGAUUUGUAAAACAUUUAGGAAAAAAUAUAUCAUUACAAAGUUAUAGAAAUAUAUCUGUAUCUGGAACAACAUAUCUUAAGGAAAUCAUUGAAAAAAAGGAAGGGAACACUUUAAUUGUUGAAGGAGUAAUAAAACCGAAUAAAAAUGAAGAACGGUUGUUGAAAACUAAAAAUGGAGCAUGUCCUCUCUGUUCCACUGGUCUUGAUGUCAAGCACACAGAUGUUCUUAUUUUACAUCAGUUUACAAGAUCAGAUGGUUGCAUAUUACCCCGUAGAAUUACUGGCCUGUGCAAAGUGCAGCAGAAAAGAAUUUCCUCAUUAAUUAUCAUGGCACAGACUGCAGGUUUACUACCAAUGAGAGGUCCAAAAGGUGUUCUACUUCACCCUUUACAAAGACGAAAGUGGCGAAAAUUUAACACGUACUUUGAUGAAAACACUAUUAGAGCUAGAUAUAAUAACCUGUAAAAAGAUUAAAUAAACAUUUAUCGAAUAUUGUUAUAGUUUA